UUAUCACAAAUCGUAUUUUUGAAUAAAUUUAUGCUUCAAUCUCUUCGCUCGUUUAUUUGUUACUUUAUUGAGUAAAUCUCAAUAAAAUGCCGAUAAAUUGACAAAUUCAUCAAGAUUGAUGAGUCUAUUCGUUCGAAACGUUUGAUCAGUGAUUGCCAGCUUCGUUGUCAAGGAUCUUUUUAAAGUUAAUAAUACGUGAAAGAGAAUUUUAGAAAAUCACCGCUUAACUGCGUCAAUAAUUCACUAGCGACUGCAAUCGUUUUCACUCAAUCGAUCCUAAGAGCAAUUACUGCUCGCACGUUAUUUUGUUGCUCGUUAAUUGAAAUUGAUUAAAAUUCAGUUUAAUCUUUGUAAUAGCCCUACUAAUUUUUUAAAAUAUAUCUAUAGCUAACAUUUCCAAAGGUUUAAUGAGACAAAAUAUUAAUAACUUUAUUUAAGAUAAUUAUUUAAGAUAAGUUUAGAAAUCGAAAAGCAAAGACUCUUUGAUAUCUUGUAACGUUAUCGUGUAAUCUGAUAUUGAGAAUUUAUUAUAAUACGUUUCUUUAAAGGUCCAGGCAACUGUCUAACAAUAUUUGAUUGAAAAAUAAUUCUAUUCUAUGUGGAUUAAAUUUAUCAGCAAAUCUAAUAAUAUCAUUAGAUUAUCGGUUGCCAGAACCAGUUACGGAACACCAUGUACUUAUAUAUAUACAUAUAAAGUUUCUUGAACAGACCCUUAAUAUUUCUUUCACAUCCGAUUACCAAACAAUCUUUUCUUCUUUUAUCGAACAACCACCUGCGCUUCCGGCUAUUUACAAGGGUAAACGGACUCUGAAAGGAAAUUAAUCUUUUUCUUCGUUUUCCCAAAAAAGAAGACCGGAUUUAUUCUUUUUUGUUCCUAUAUUUGCCAGCUUGGAGAAAUACGAAUCGAAUUUAUGAUGUCCGUUCGAACUCGGAAAAGGAAAUUGUGACACAUCGAUUGGUUCGGUCUCUUGUCGAAUUAUCUAUAUUCAAGAUGGAUGCUUUUGGAAUGUUUUAUCCACAAACCGUAUUGAAUCUAAUGGAUGAAGAUUUACAGUAAUCAUUUAGGCCAGUCCUAUUUAUAUGCAACAAUAAAAAUGAGGAGAAGUCAAAAGAUUUUGCUUCAAAAUUAGAUUUGCUAUGUUCAUUUUUAGAUCUUUUUAACAUUUUCCUAAUAAUCAAUUAAAAAUACGUUUGUUCUUUAAAUAUUAUUAUUUAUACGUGUAUAUACAUAUCACGUUUUUAACCUUUCUCAAAGGAGAAAACGAACUUUGCGAGUAUGCUUACGAUAUAGUAAAAUGCUUUUUCGAUUAUAAUCCAAAGGUUUAUCAAUAAUUAUUGGAUUUAUUCAAAAGACCUCCAUAUCAGCAGUAGCUGUAACAAUAAUGCGACUAAUAUUGUUAAAAAAAAAAAACAAACAAACAAAAUUAAGUAAAUAAAUGAAUAAACAAAUAAAUAAAAAAAAAUUAUUAAUUAAAAUCAAAUGAAAUAAAUAUGCAAUAUAUGUUUGUAUAUAAUGGUUAUUCAUAAAUGAAAACGAAUCAUUUUAACCGACUAACCCGAUUGACAUACUUCUCUAUCAAUCGAUUAACAUUACGAGUAUAUACUUAGGUCGAGCGAUAAUACACGGUGCAAUUAAAGCGUUCCGAUAAAUUUCGAAGUAUCCGAUUCAAUUGAUUCACACAAGUUUCGAAGGAAGAUAUACUAGUUGGUAAAACGAGAAGAAAAGAAACAAAAAAAGUGAUACGGUUUGUGUGGAGAUAAGGGAUAAUUCUUGGAUAAAUUCGAAAGAUAAUUCGAAGAAAGCUCGGCUCUCUGAUUCAAGAAUGAAGAUAAAUGGUCGAUUGCUCGUCGUUUGCACGAUUCUCUUGGCUCUUCUGGUUUCGACGAAAGCGGAUAUCAAGAGAGAAUGCCGCAAGCAGUCAAUGGUUUCAUGGGAAUCAUUGAAGAAAUUAAAAGACGGCGAUUUCGAGCAAGAUGAUCCACGAAUAAAAUGUUAUCUACGAUGCUUUAUGAUGAAAAAUGGUAUACUCGAUGACAACGAUCAGUGGACGGAUUUGGAAAAGGCACUUCAACAUUUACCGAGAUUUAUACAGGAAUCCUCAUGGGAAAUAUUCCGUCGAUGCAAGUCCGUCCCUGGAGAUGAUCUCUGCGAUAAAGCGUUUCAAGUAGCCAGAUGUUAUGUCAAAUUGCAACCGCUGAUUUUGAAUUUCGUUUCCUUCGUCUAAUGGUUCCAUUAAAUUCGUAUAAUGCGUGACAAAUCUGGGAUAACUCUUUUUACGUAUUACAUCUUUUAUCAUAUUUGAAAGAAUUGUUUAUGAUACUUGGAAAUAUUUUUAGACUUGCAGCAUUUUGUAGGGGAAAAAAAAAAAACAGAAAAGUCAAAAAAAAAAAAACAAUAUUUCAAAAAAUCGAUACAAUUGAAACAAUGCUUAUACAUAUAUAAUAGUUUAGGAUGACAUAGGAAUUUUUGAUUUAACGGAUUCCGCGUUCCACUGGAAUUUAGCUGUCAGAGGAGAGAUUGAUGGCGAAACUUACUGCACCUCACUAAAGCAAUAUUUUAUUAUGAUAUUUUUUAUUAAUCAGAUAUCAUUCUAAAUUGUUCAAACAAAAAAUGGCCAAAGUAGACCUUGUAUAGUUGUUUUUUUCCCCAUAAAUAUAAUAAUACUACUAUUAUAUACGGUGAAAUAUUUUUCUUUUCUUCAUUUCAAUAUAUUAUUCAAGAAAUCAGUUACCAUUAUAUAUGCUGAUAUUCUGACAACUAGCUAUGUUUCAUGUUUCGUUCUAUCAAUAUUUCGUUUAUGAUAUCAAACCGACCUAUAAACAAGUAGCAUAUAAAUUACAUUCACAAGCGCCACAAGGAAUACGAUUUAUUACAUUUUUCGUUUCCUUAUGGAAAACGAUUCUUGUACUUUGAAAUAAGAACGAAUCGAUUUGUACAAUUCAAUGAUAAUAUAUGAGAUAAAAAAAUUUAUUAAUAAUUACUCUUAAUUGAUGAAUCAAUUUUUUUGUUUAUUAAUAUUAUAAUAAACAAUAUAAUUUUCAUUAAUAUUAAUAACUAUUUCUAUGAAAGAUUUAGAAUUUUUCUUCGAUAUAAUGAUUCUUCCUAGAAAACUCAAAAGUUAUCCAGUCUUAAAGAAUUCUUUUAUUAUAAUAUAUAUAUAUUAUAUUCGUGAAUCAAGUAAAUACAUUCGACAUAUUAUUAUUUGUAAUAUAUUUCAGUUAAUAGAUAAAUCUAAUCGCAAGUCCGAUGUUACAAUCGACGAACUCCUGUGACUCUAUUUUUUGCAAUAGCUUCGCGAACAAAAAAACUUUGCCCUGUGAAUAUUUGAAUAUUCGAUAAAGAACUGUUCCGCAUAAAUCUCUAUCGCGAAUCGUACGUUGGAGCGCGAUUCAAUUACUGAUCGAUUUGCAUUUGACGAAACAUCCGAACGAUUCGACAUACCCAACCCAACGUACUCGAAACUAAUUGCGAUUUUCAUCGGCACGCGACCAAAGCUAUGUCUUUUCUGAUUCUCUCUGACUCUUUAUCGCUACUGUUAACGAUCAUCUUUAUGAAAAGAGAUGAAAAAGAUAGGAAAGGAGACGAUAAAAGAAUAGCAAAGAGAAAAUAUAUGAUAUUUAUCAAAGAAUCAAUGUUAAUUUCUCGAUAAAGAUGCAUUUUUCUUUUUUUCUCUUUGUUUAUAUUUUUUACUCAGCUUAAUGAAUAUUACAUUCACUGAAAUCUAAAUUCAUCUUAAUACUCUGGAUAUAUAGAUAAAAUGUAGAAACUAUUGGCAAUGUUGAUCUCAUUCCGUUUCGUAUCGCACAGAGUGAUUCUCCAAUUUCCGGAUGAAUAUAGCAGUCGAUAGUGAUUGCUUUAGCCUUUUGUAAUCCAGUCGAUUCCAUUAAUUUUCAUGAAAACAGAUACGAGACCAUCAUGCGAAUAGGAAACCAAACAAUCUUUGUCGUUACAAACGUGAAAUAGUAUUAUAGGCAUUAAAAGUUAUUAGAUCGAAAUUUAUUAUCACGAUUGAUUUUUCGUUUCUUUGGAUGAAAAAUUUUAUCGAAUAUCUCUCGACAUACAUGAGAUUGAUACAAGAGUUAAUUCUCAUUGUAUUUGUAACGUCGAAUAGCGUUGAAAAGUUUAAUUGAAUAUUUCGUCGAGAAAUGAGAAACUUAACUUUACCCUUUUCUUUCGAGAAUCCUAGUUAAUAAUAGAUAAAAGAGAAAGGGAUUUAUUCGGAACGCUCCAGAUUUCCAACUCUAAUUUCGUAGAGAACGUUAAGGUUCAAGGUUUAUAUCUUUUACUUAGGAUUCUUGGAAGAAAAGAGUAACGUGGUUAAAAAUUCUAUUAUUCGACAUGGAUCGGGAAAUAAUAGUCCUUAUUAUUCUAUGUUUAAGCUAUCCAAUCAAAAAGAUAUUCUUCUUAAAUUUCUGUUUUUUUCUUGAAAAACAAACAAUUAGUUCGAUACUUUUACACUUUACAUAUAUCAAAUAAAUUUCUUAUUCUUAUCGAUCCGAGUAUCGUAUAGUCGAAGAAGAAACCAUACCGUUUCCUGUUUCUUCAUAUUCCUUCGCGUUCCUUGUAUUUGAAUCUUGGCUCAUAGUUUUAUCAUCACAUUUUCCGCCGUAGCAUACUGUUGGUUUGGACACAUCCGAACACAAUACUUUCUCUGCUGAUCAAAAAUAUUUUUGUGAUACAUUUGGAUAUUAUUUGCGAUUAUAUAUAUAUAUAUAUAUAUAUAUAUAUAUAUAUAUUAUUGCGAUUAUAUAUAAUAUCAACUACAUUUCAAUAUCGAUUAGAAAAAGCGAUAUAUAUGUACUAAUCAAUUUCAUCUUGUCGAUUUUCGUUGUUAACGUCAUCAAGUUUCUCUUUAAAAAAUUAUUCGAAAAUUGACGAAAUAUUACCAAUCGUUUCAUUGCUUUUAGGGAUCGAAUUCAUAGUCGUUCCAUUCAUUGUCGUUUCCCAAGAAGUAUAACCAUAAGUAGAAGCAGCCAUUGCUUUUUGGGAACACUUAACGUUCUCCUGCUUGCUAGAAUAGUAAUUUGGCAAAAUUGGUUCGCAACAACCACCGCCGCAGCAAGUUUGCCUCCAAGAGCAGCAUUCCAUUGAAGAAGGAGGACCCUUAUAGUUAUUGAUUUCCCUGUAAAGAACGAUCGGCAAAAUAUGUAAAAAAAAUUAUCAUGACUACGAGACCAUUAGGAUUUCUCUCUCUUCUCUAUUAUUUAUAUUUUUAGCCUUUAGUGUUCUUAAAUAGGAAAUCAUUAAAACAUUUCAUCAAUUUUGUUUUCUACUUAAAUAUCCAAUUUUUCGAUAUUAGUAUCAAAACGGUAAAAUGGUUUUUUUUUUUUUUAUUUUUUUAUUUUUUUACCCCGCAUCAUCGAUUCUUCGAGACGAGAAAUCUUCUAAUUACGGUUUUAUCGUAUAAUUGUUGGAAUUUUUAAAUAUAAAAAUACAAAUUGAAUAAAAAAUAAUAAGAAGAUCGCAGACUGUUUUUAAAACUUACUUGCAAUUAUUAAACAUUGUGCCAAACAGAAAAUUUUUUAAUUAAUUCUGGCCAAAAGAAAAAUUUAUAAAAGGUUGCUAAAAGGUUAUGCUUGUCGUUUUCUAAUACAUAUUGAUAAGAUAUUGAAAUCGAAACGACGAUGAAAACUAGAUCGAAAAAAGAGAAGAUCGAGUUCUUGUAUUAGCUGCUCCUCUAACAAAUUCCAUAAUAGUUAUCAAUUUGAUUUAUUCACAUUCCUAAAUAAAAAAAAAAAAAAAAAGAAAAAAACAAAUAUAUAAUCUUUCCGAAUAAAGAACGAAUAGAUGAAAAUUUACUGAAGCAUCUCUUAUAUUUAUUUCGAAAUCAGGAUUACAGAAUUAUCGUAUAUGGUUUAAGAGUCGUAUGAUCUUCACGAUUUAUUUUUACUGCAACAAUUAGCACCUUCUUUUCGAGUUUCCUUGGACUUAUUACUGCUUUUCUC